CAAGGCUGCUUCGGCUGCACCUGUGUUUUGUCAUAGGUUCGAACCCACAUGUCAGAGCCUCUGUUGCGCCGUCUGACUGACUGCUGUUUUCCAUCACCCUAGGCCACUGUGGUUUAACUGGCUUAUUUUGGUCUCUGCUGUGCAGCUAUGUUCCCUCUCCGCUUUCUCCUUUUUGGAAGCCUGGCCAGCCUGUGCAUCUGCCAGUACUAUGACUAUGACUACGAACCUGCUCCACAGUCUGUGGUGUCUGCACCCCACUGUGUCCAGGAGUGUGACUGUCCUAUCAACUUCCCCACUGCCAUGUACUGCCAUGGGCGCAAUCUGAAGUUCGUUCCCAUUGUCCCCACUGGAAUCAAAUACCUCUACCUGCAGGACAACCAGAUCGAAGAGAUCAAGGCAGGUGUUUUUGACAAUGUCACUGAUUUGCGCUGGCUUGUUCUUGACAACAAUCAGAUCUCCAGUGACAAGAUCCAGUCGGGGACCAUUGACAAACUGGGUAGCCUGGAGAAGCUCUACUUCAGCAACAACAAGCUGACCAAACCUCCCGGUCCUCUCUCCAAGUCCAUGGAUGAGCUAAAAUUAAUUGGCAACGACCUCACGUCAUUCCCCUCAGGCACGCUGUCUGGCAUGGAGAACCUCACCACUGUCUACCUGUCCAAGAACAAGCUGACCUCUGAGAGCAUCGCUGGGGCCUUCAAAGGGCUAAAGUCGUUGAUGUUGCUGGAUGUGAGUGAGAACAAGCUAAAGAAGCUCCCAGCAGGCAUGCCUUCUUCCCUGCUGAUGCUCUACGCUGACAACAAUGACAUCGACAGCAUCCCAGGUGGCUACCUGGCCAAAAUGCCAGAGCUGCAAUAUCUUCGUGUCUCCCACAACAAGCUGGUGGACUCUGGGAUUCCAGCAGGAGUGUUCAAUGUGACCUCUCUCUUGGAACUGGACCUGUCUUUCAACAAGCUACAGUCCAUCCCUGAGGUCAAUGAAGCGCUUGAGCACCUGUACCUGCAAGUCAAUCAAAUUAACAAGUUUGACCUGGCUAGCAUCUGCAAGUUCACUUCACCUGUAAACUACUCCAGACUGAAGACCCUGCGCCUGGACGGGAACAACAUCACCCACAGUAACAUGCCUGUUGACUCGGCCAACUGUCUUCGCCAAGCUUCUGAGGUCAUUUUCGAUUAGGAUCGCCUCGUCAAUGUGCACCUCAGCUCUCCGUGUCGAUUCCCUCCUUCAUUUGAUCUAAUCAAACAUCAAAUUUGCCAAGUUACGUGUCAAUCUGUGGUGACCGAGAAUGACAUCGUAACCAUGUAAAAAAUUCACCCUUUGCAUUAAGAACAACAUAUUUACUGAGAUAUGUACAGGUUUGUUUGUGCCACAGUGGUAGAAAUGUAGAGUACACUGAGAUCUACAUUUGAAAUCUUGAAACCGAAAUCCUCGGCACAUAAAAUAUGACAGUGUCUUGUAUGAGGCACACAUUUAUUAUUCAUUUUAUGUAUUGCUAAUGUGUUAGAGAAUAGAAAAUACAUUCCUUUUUUGAAGCAAACACACACUUCAAACAUUCCAAUCUCUAAUAUUUAUAUAGAUCAAAUGCAAUACAUAGCCUCAUUUGCCCUGCAAGCUGUUGUAUAGAUUGUAUCUUUGAGUUCUUAUUAGUUGCAACAGGGCACCAUCUCUGUACACUUACUGUACACAUUGCAUCAAUAAGCCUGCAGGUAAGGAAUACGUUUUAAAAAGUUGGUUGACAAUGUUGACAUGUUAUAAACUAUACCUGUAUUUUAUCUCUUCUUUGUUUAGAACCUAUAUCAGUUCAACUAAGAGAGGCAUCAGAUGUACCACUCUAUGUUUCACAUAUCUAGAAAAUACAGGAAAGCACAGCAUUGCUGAAUAUUGCAUUAAAUAUCUUGUUUUGUUCUCAGAAGAUGGCUGGUCAUUGAAACUGCUAAGUAUUUUUACUGUGAACAAUUGCUAUGCAGUUCAAUCAAAGUAAAGUUUUACUCAAUGUAAGCUUACUGCUUUACAAAACUGACCAUGUUUAUACAUUAUUCUAAUUUACUUGCAUGCUAUUCAUCAUACAUUCUUUAGCAACAAGUGCUUCACUUUUUAUGCCAUUGGUAUAAACAAAUUUUACGUGUUCUAUAGAAAUUCUGUCACGGUGUCACGCUAUAUUUGAAAGAAACUUUCAGCAGCAUUGAGGAUGUACUAUAUUAAAAGAUGAGCAUAUCUUGAUUUGUUUGUUUUCUAAGAAUUGUGAAUUUGAAAGUAAAUAAAUACACUAAGUAAAUAAA